AUGGAGUCCCCGGCGCCCACCUCCAGCUACAACUCCUCGGGCUGGGAGGACUACACCCCCUUCGACCUGGAUGAGCUGGAUGGCUACGAGGUGCCCCACGGCCACCGAGCCAUCCUGGCCCUCUACGCCCUCAUCUUCCUGCUGGGCGUCCUGGGCAACGGCGCCGUGGUCUGGGUGACGGCGCUGGAGCUGCGCCGCACGGUCAACGGCGUCUGGUUCCUCAACCUGGCGCUGGCCGACCUGCUCUGCUGCCUGGCCCUGCCCUUCCUGGCCCUGCCCUUGACCCAGGACCACCACUGGCCCCUGGGCGGCUUCGCCUGCAAGCUGCUGCCCUCCCUCACCGUCCUCAACAUGUUCGCCAGCGUCCUGCUGCUGACGGCCAUCAGCGCCGACCGCUGGGCGCUGGUGACGCUGCCGGUGUGGUGCCAGAACCACCGCGGCCUGCCGCUGGCCAGGGCCGCCUGCGCCGCCGCCUGGGGGCUGGCCGCCCUGCUCACCCUGCCCUCCUUCGUCUUCCGCGCCGCCCGCGCCGACCCCUUCUCCCGGAAGGUGGUCUGCACCCUGGCCUACGAGGCCGUGGGCCCCCACCAGCGGCUGACCGAGCUGGCCACGGCCGGCGCCCGCUUCCUCUGCGGCUUCCUGCUGCCCUUCGCCGCCAUCUCCGCCUGCUACGGGCUGCUGCUCGCCCGCCUGCGCAGCAGGGGCCUCGCCCGCUCCCAGCGCGCCACCAAGCUGGUCCUGGUGGUCAUCCUCAGCUUCUUCAUCUGCUGGCUGCCCUACCACGUGGUGGGCCUGGUGCUGGCCUCCGCCUCCAGCCGCAGCUCCCUCUUCAAGAGCGCCCAGGCCGCCGACCCCGUGGUGGCCGGCGUGGCCUACGUCAACAGCUGCGUCAACCCCAUCAUCUACGUCGUCAUGGGCCAGGGCUUCAGGGACAAGUUCCAGCGCUCCUGGAGGGCUGUGCUCAGGGGGGUGCUGAGCGACGACCCCGCCAGCGCCGCUGGGGACAGCAGGGCGAAGACCAAGACCACGGUGGAGGAGCAGAGCAGCAGCACCGUGGUGUGAGGCAGGGC